GCAUUUUCGUGCGGCUAGUUCCAGUACUGCGUUACGUUCUUAAACAUGUAGAGUCUUCGUUAAAUCCCUAUUUCCUCAUAAGCACAUCUGUCAUAAUAGUUUAAAGAGUAGAUCAUCUGAUUUCUUCUGGUUAUGUGUGAUCCAGAAAAUCCAAGUGAUAAUUCCAUUGUAAAUACUGGACGUCUAAAUAACACUCCGGUUGGUAAUAUUACUCUGAAUUCUAUUAUGGAGUCGAUCAUUCGGCAACGACAGCUUUGUGCUGAAAACAUUCUAAAAAAGAGUUUUGAUGUUGCUUUCACUAACUCCCAUAAUGAUUUCUGGUUCGAUUUGUUUACUCAAGCAUUUCUUUCACCGGCUUUGGAGAAUUCAGUCGACGGACCAGGAGAUGAUCUUCUGUUUUUUGUCCAUCUUAAACAAAAUGAUAGAAAACCAGAAUUGAGUGUAUUUCGUAGAAACAGUUCAAAUCUUCCAAAAUUGACAGAUGAUUAUGUCGAUUGGGAGGAAACAGUGUAUCUCAACUUACUCAUGCAAUAUUUUGUUUAUGUUGUGACAGUUGCUGUAUGCACUCGUACUGGACCUCAAGAGUGGCAAAUUUUAAAGAAAUUUUCUCAAACUGUUUAUGCAUCUCCCAGCCAUAGACAAAUGAAUAUGAAAGGAAGUUAUGAAGAAAUAGUUUACCCAGAUCUUUAUUUUACGAUUGAUAAUUAUGAAGAGGCAUUUGGCGAAUGUGUUCUGCGAGAUAGCGAAUGCAUUAAUGUUGAAUUGACCGCUUAUGAUCGUUAUGGACGUAUACAUGGUGUCUGCUUUCUUGGCACUGUUUCCUAUGAUACCAUUAAACAAUUUUAUGACCGUUCAUCCCAAGCUUGUUCAAUUGGUAAUCUUGUUAAUCAUCGUUCUGGUUAUCGAAAUAAUCGAAUGUCAAACAGUUAUUAUUCAUCUUCGCCUCCUCCAAAUAUUGAUUAUACAUCAACUCAAUUUAUGAGGGUACUUGGACCACAAGCCAAAGGAUCAGCUGAAAUAGCAAUUAAACCUAUGAAAAAUAUUACACAACAAUCAUUGGAUUUAUCUAAGACGGAAGAAAUGAACCGUACAAAUUUUAUCACAAAAUGUUGUCAACCUGUUUGUCCAUCAGAAUCGGAAAUGGAGUAUAAAUCUUCAGAUAAGUGGAUAUUAAACAACAUAAGUUGGAUAAAUAAAACAGAGGCAUGUAAAUCAACCAAUCUUGACCAUUACGAUUUUUUACCAGGGACCCAUUUAGAUAGAACCAUUCCUAACAACCAAGAGUCUGAGCAUCUUCAAAACAUCCACAUGGAUGCUAUACCAACAUUGCACCCAUCACCUUGGUCUGUUAAGUCUGCUGGAGCAAGUCUACACACAAGUCCUGUUCGACGAUUCAAGGAUAGUGUAGGGAGUAAAUAUGCGAGUCCGCGGACCAGUCAGCAAGAAUUCUCACCUAUAUUCACCCGUAAAUGUAAAUUUAGAUCUGUAAAUACAAUAAAUUUGUAUCAGGAAUCGAAACCAUCAAAGGUCUCAGAAAUUCUAAAUGCAUUUACAGGUGUGAUGACGAAACAGUCUUUAGGUAAUGCUCAUCGAACAAAAGAUACUUCUAUAAAUUCUACGAAUAAACCAAGUCAUAAAAACUCUACUAAUAUUAUAAUGUCACUUCCAACUAUGUAUGACGAUGAUCACUAUAACAAUGACCAGUUUGGACAUUUUGAUUUAUACAAAGACGUAAUGUGUUCUUUGGCCAUGGCCCAAUAAUAAAUACGUCCAGAACUGUAAAUGUAUAAGUUACUAGUCUUACUUUUUGUAAUAAUGAAUACAUGUAUGUGAUAUUUACUUAUUAGAUUGUACAUAUUCAUACGUUAAAAAGACACUGAUGUUAACGCUACAUUUUUUCACUUGUAGGUCAUUUAUAUGAAAAUCCCCUCAUAAUAUCUGAUUGGAACGAUAGUUCGUUUGGACAAGCAUGGUCUUGGUUCAAGGAAAGAAGACGAGUUACUUCAGUUAGCCUAAUUGCUAGUCCAACAUUUAUCACACUCCCUUGUCAAAAUAUCCUUGUUGAACUGCUUGAAGUCAGAAGAGAACCUAUCCUCAACUUUACCAAUCAGUAAGUUCCACAAAGUUGUCAGUUUAUGUGAAAAGCUACUUAUUCGCCGAAGGGUUCCGUUGUAAUAUUAUCCAUCGGUUAGAAAAUUUCGCAAGUCCAAAUCCAGUACAAACGUUAGAGCCAUUUAAUUUCGCCUAAUUCCAAACUUUAUGCCUAUUAUUUUAUUAAAACCAUUUCUAAUUUAGACAGUUUUGUUGUUUUAAAACGUUACUUGUCUUUCUAAUGCUGAAUCACGUGUUUUUUAUGCAUGUUUAUUACAAUUUAAUAUGAUUU